AUGGCCGAUGUUUCUCCUCAGCAUUUUGCAGCCACAAAAUUUCGAGGCCUUAAGCCUCUCUGGGUCGUGUGGGGGAAAAAGACGGAAGAGGGGACGCAAGAGGAGACGGAAGAGGAGACGGCAAAGGAAACAAAAGAACUCAAUAGCUUCCUGGAGGACCAUGGAAUCUCCGUCGCCGAUGCUCCUCAUAUACUGCCCUUGAGGUAUGGUCUAUUCGAGGUUUGGUUCGAGGAGAAUCGAAGAGCCGAGCUUCAAAAGCUUUUCUCAGAGACCUAUACCGAUUUCGACGAAAACAGCCCUUUGGUGCGGUUUCAAGGGUACUGUGAAUCUUUGCGCAUAGUGCUCGACGCAUACAAAAAGCAAUCUAAUUUCUGGGGAGGACUGGAUAAAAUCCUCACAACUCCCAGAGUAGGCAUUUUUCAGACAGUGCCUUCAACAACGUCUUUGUCUGUUUGCUCCUCAAUGAAACCUACUGCGAAAACAAUGGAAUAUGUUGAGAGGAACUUAAGGUCAGUAUACGACAAUUGCAAUCAGAAAAACAUAGGAUUUUCUCGUGGAAUACCUUGUGACGGAUGUCCAAGAUUGAGCCCAGUCAACCUUCAGGCAAUAUCAAGCGCCUCAACACCACCUGAUGGCUAUUCAUCAUCUGAUUUACCGCUUGAUAUACGAAGCAUGCAAGCCUUUACCCUGGUGACAGAAGACGCUGUCAAUCUAAGCGGAAAGUUUUCAGAAGAAGAAUGGAACCACAUCUUCAUAAAUUCUGAACCCGGCAAUGAUUUUGGUUUUUCAGCCUCCCUGAAAUCACCCAUGGCCAAUAUGGACUAUCAGAUCAACGCACAGGAGGCUUUUCGAGAUAUAGAAAACACGGAGCCACAGGAAGCCGACGAGAGCUUGCGUCAAACCAAGCAGCAGAGGAAGAUUGAUACACCGGACCAAUACGCAUCAAAUUUGUGGCGAUGCCAGCAUCCUAAAUGUUCCAAGCGCGGAUUUCGGACCAAGGCCAAUCUAUUACGCCACAGCCGUGAAGUCCACAGGGCUAUAUCAGAUUUGUUGCGAUGCCGGCAUCCUCAAUGUUCCAAGCACAGGUUUAAGGCAAAUUACACUCUGUUACGCCACAACCGUGAAGUCCACAAGGCUUAUGGCCACACAGGCUUCCUGUGUUUAUUUGAGCAAUGUGAUCGAGCUACUUCUGGGAGGGCUUUUCCACGCCGAUGGAAUUGCUACGAUCACAUGCGAAAAAUCCAUCAUUACACUGGUAGUUAUGAUGACUUCUUGAAAUCGCAAGGUAGGUAA